ACACUCAGGCUCGGAGAGGAGUGUUCACGAUGCAGAAGUGGUGUCCGCACUCUGUGGUGCUGCUGUUCGUUCCAAGGUGCUCAUUGGAAUGUUCCACUCGACCUCCUUGCCCUUGCUAUGCCCGGUCAAAGACUCUCCGUCCUGUUCAAAACUGACAAAGAUUCGCAGUCGGAGAUCCACGGACAUGCAGGGCGCAAAAAGUCACACAGAGUCUCCGUUUUGAGCCUCUCGUCUCGGAGCCCUCUCUCUUUCUUCUCCUCUCUGCCCUCGUCCUCCUCAGCAGCUUUCCAACACCGAUUCCGUCGCAUAGAAUGGACUGCAAGACCACCCGCACGCCCGGAAUCCCACAUCAUCCUACGAUCUCCGAUCACCAGAACUCAUCGCUCAAGUUACGAGCAAAGUCUGUCGUGGCAGAAGUCGUUCCAAAGCUCGAAAGAGGAAAAACAGUAUCGCGAUUCGUCCAACGCACAACUGCGCAUCUUCAUCCGGCGAGAUGAUAGCAGCAGAAGUCUGCAAGUUCUUGUGGAUCCGUUUCGACGUCGCGCAGGUUGGAUGAGCACACAAAGACACUUUUCUCCUCGAUCUGGAAGAAAGACGGCGAAGCCAUUCAUCGUUUCCCCGGUCCUGGGUCUGUCGUCCAGUGUGCACUCAAAUCCGCAUGAAGUUUUGGUCUCGAACUCCUCGUCUGCAUCGUUCUAUUCACGCCCUCGGUGCACUCUCCAUCAGAUGAUGU